CAACCGAUAUUAUUGUCAAAGCUUCUUCAUGAGAAUCAUAACAAUUGUAAUGACCAUGCGUUUUUCCAUGUAAUAUGUAUAAAUGUUUAAAUGUACGUACCAGUGAACUAGCUAUCAAAGUGUGAGUUAGAGAUGGAGAUGGAGAUGGAAAAAUCAUCUAUUGAAUCACAUCCAAUGAUUGGUGGAACUGGUCAGCACAGUUAUGUCCAGAAUUCAUCUCUUCAGAGACGUGGCAUUAAUCUUUCCCAAGAGAUGAUAAAAGAGGCAAUGGCUAAAGAAUUCAAUGUUGAAAACCAACUAAUCAACAACCCAAACGCCACCUUUCGCAUUGUUGACUUGGGCUGUUCCGUGGAUCCAAUAGUCUCAUUUCCGCUAAUGCCAUUGUCGAAGCCAUUGAUCCUAAAUUCAAUUCAUAUUUUCAAGGGAGACAACAAGUCAUGCAAACUGUAACACCUGAGUUCCAAGUAUACUUUAAUGAUAAAGCAUCUAAUGAUUUUAACACUCUAUUUGCAUCGAUUCCUUUAGAAAAGCGUUACUUUGCAGCAGGUGUACUGGGUUCGUUCCACGGACGUUUGUUUCCUCGGGCUUCCCUUCACUUCGUUAAUUCAUUUACUGCACUUCAUUGGCUCUCCAGAGUUCCGAAAGAGGCUGGUGAUAUUAAUUCCUCAGCACGGAAUAAAGGCAGGAUACAUUAUACUAACGCUUCAAAUGAAGUCGUGCAAGCUUAUACAGCACAAUAUGUUUUGAACAUGGAAGCAUUUCUUCUUGCUCGUGCACACGAGAUUAUCUGUGGUGGAUUGAUGUUUAUUUUGGUUCCAGCUAUCCCAGAUGACACAUUAGCUUCUCAAGAAAGUAUUGGUUUACUUUUGGAUGUUUUGGGAACUUGUCUCAUGGAAAUGGCAAAAAUGGAAAUUUUGGAUGAAGCUAAAGUGGAUUCUUUCAACUUGCCAGUGUACUUAACAUCACCUAAACAAGUGAAAGAAUUGGUAGACAGAGUUGGGUGUUUCACUAUAGAAAGAUUGGAGAGAUUGGAAACGUUGUUUCCACCAGCAAGUGGUGCAUAAAUACUUAGUAACCAUAUAAGAGCUGCAAGCGAAGCAAUCAUCAGGCAACACUUUGGUUUCAGCGAUAAUGAUUUAGACAAAUUGUUUGAUCUUUACUCGAAAAGACUUGUUGAUCCUCUCUCAAUUUGUACUAAUUCAGAAGAGAAGUCUUUUCAAAUGUUUCUUGUUCUCAAACGCAAUAGCGUCUGUAUUGCACAAUAGUGCAAACGUUAUGGUUGUAUAACUUGUAUUCAUCCUUAAGAGCAUCCACAGUGGGCGAGUAUA